CACAAGCAGAUUUCGUUUCGAAGCAGAUUUGUCUUCAGCCAUCAGGUUGCUUGGAGUGUGGUAUGGGUAUGGGAAUGCGGUGGCUCUUGUGCCCACUACACGGUUCAGUUGGGGUAGGCUUCGCUGGUUUGCCAAUUUGGGAUGUUUUGUGACUAUACAUACGUCUAUAUAUAUUUUUAUGUGGAUUUUUACUUUUGUCGAAUAUAUAAACAUAGAGAAGAUUAAAAGAUAACAUCGACAGAAAAUAUUAAAAAGUAGGUCAGAUCUUUUAUUUUGAGUAUGAGAUCUAGUAUUCAAUUAUUUUAUUUUAUCAAAAGUAUUAAAGAUCAGAUAAUAUUUUUAUUUAGGUAUGAGACCAAAUCAAAUAUUCUAGUUUUUUGAAAACUAAAAAUAGAUCAAAUCAUUAUUUUUUAUUCUUUAAUCAAUCAAAUCAGUGUUUAUUCUUUAAAAUUGGGAUUGCUGAAUGUAGAGAGCUGAAACACGAACAUACCACGACUGAGGUCAACAGUCUUGAACUCAGUUCCCUAGGGGGUUGGGGAAUCCAAUAACUGUGUUUUAUAGUUUCAACAAUUUAAGGUGGCAUUGUUGUUGGUGUUAUGGUUGUUAUUGAUACUUUUGUCUAAAUGGAACAAGUUGUAAUGAACAGCAAGUAAUCACUCUCUCCCCCACCUCUCUCUUUGAUACCUUGGGUUGUGAAGGUAUUGUGCAAGCAUCUGCUAAGUCCUACAUUGGUUAUGUACUAAGUGGAAUAUGGUUAUAUAGGUGAUUUCAGAGAUCCGGUAGUGAUCUAUCCUUUUGGGGUAUAGUAUAGAUAUGGUUAGCAUUUUUCUGGGUUGUGACAUAAUAGUAUCAGCGUUAAGUUUGUAAUGCCAUUUAGGUCUUUGACAAGGAUGUUAAGAAUUUGAGUGGUACGAUUGUGAUACACCAGAUUUUUGAUUGUGUGUGAAAUCUUAUAUUGGAUAGACGAAUUUUUAAGGUGUUGCAUGAGCAUACGCUAAGUUCCAAAUUGGUUUGUGUACUAAGUGGGACUAAGUAACACCAAAGAGCUUUUGUAUUGACUAGUUAUUUUGGAUAUAGCUCAUAAGUGAUUACUGUGUUGUUGGGUUGUGACAAAAUAAUACCAAAGUGAGGUUAGUAAUGCCACGUGACUUUGUUCCACUGUUACUCAACGUAGGUCCUAACUGGAACAUUAAGAAUUUGAGUGGGAAGAUUAUAAUGUAUAUUUGAUAUUUGGGUUUUGUAUGUUAUAGUAUUGUUUCUUAUGAGUUUUCUCUCUUUGAGGAAAAAUCUCUCUCUCUCUCUCUCUCUCUCUCUCUCUCUCUCUCUCUCUAGUGGUUUCGUGUGCAUGCGCGUCAUGCUAGGGCUUUGCUACGUUCUGACAUAUCAGAGCUUGGCCGGCUUCGGAGUAUGAGAUUCUGUCGCGUUGGCGCGUUUACAGGCCGCUCUAGUUUAGAUCGGGAAGGUUGUUUUGCUUCUUUAGCCGGAGUUUGUUAGCGAUUUUCUGUCUGGUUGCUUGGGGUUUGCGUUUGUUUGCUUCUCCUCUCUGAUGAUGAUGCGAUAUUCUUCUGGGGUGGCCGCGUGAGGUUGGAUAUGGAGAGCGCUUCUUCGUGGAGGCCAAAUCAUUCUCUUUUUUGGUGGAAAAAGGUAAGUCAGAGCUCUGGCUAGAUGUAAGGAGAAAAGGCUAUGCUGAAGUUGUAUCCUUGGGCCCUUGAUGUGUCGUUUGGUUGAUCGUGACGUUAGAAGAGGUGCUACGGAGUACUAGAGUCGAGGAGUUUGUCAAAACCACCCAGAUGGCUUCAAAUUUCAUCACCGUUCAGAGGGGUGGCAAUAGGGCUGAAUGCUUUUUGGAGGUGGCGGCUCAAGCUGUGGGGGUGUCGGGGAGGGUUUAUUUUGUUGCCAGAAGGUCAUGAAGGACGGUGAUGGACUAGAUUCUUUGAGGAGCUAAAUGGCCUUCUUUGAGGCCAUGAGAGGGCUUCCUUAUUCUAGUGACUCUGCUAUGGACAAGAAGAUGAAUGAGAAGAAUCUUGGUCCUAGGCUGGGGGUGUUUCUUGAACCAUUUGUGGAGGAGGAACCUUCGAAGACACUGGAUUAUCCCUUGAGUAUAACAAAGUUGUUUCAAAUUCAUGUGGUGGUGCAGUUGAUGGAGAUGAGAUUGAUCAUGCUGCAGACGUUUCAUCAUGUGAUGCUGCCAAUUAGGGUAGGGCUGUGUAGAGAAAAAAGGAGGAUCUGUUUUCUCUCCUUUGGGCGUGGAAGGGUAGCUUCAAGAAGGUGCUAGGGGAUUUAGACUGGGUGAUGGCUUUGCUUUUGGUUGGGCUGGUGAAGCUUGGGAUGGGUCGUAAGCUCGUUAGGCGCAAGACGGGUCCAUGGGCCUUUAGGCGAGCACACAAGCCCAAACCUUAUCCCAUUCGCAAGUCCAAGCUCCAAUUUUAUUCCAAAGGGCCUCUUAAGCCCAAUUCCAUAAUUAAGUCCAAGUUUGACCUGGUUCUAGAGGCGUCAGAGACUUUGAUGAAGGAUAUGCCAGAGGUUCCAUUGACGGUUGGUCUGGUCUCGAGGAUGUCAGAGACUUUGAUGGAGGAGAAGACGAAGGCUCCUCCGGUUGGUCUAGUCCCAAAGAUUUCGGCGCGGGUCUCUUUUGGGUUUGUCCCAACGAGUUUUGGUGUCGCCAAUGUUCCCUGGACUGCAAGCUCGUUGUCGACAUUCCUUGAGAUUAUGUCGGAAUCUAAGAUUUUGGCAUCUUUUGCUGUGGUGGAUUGGCCCAGUGAUGGAGGGAAACCUAAACCGGUGAAGAGUCUUUUGCGGCGUGGCUUUCUCAAUCCUCUGUCCCCGCUGCAAGGAAGCUUCAGGUAUGGCCCCUGCAACCACAUUCUAGGUUGGCUCCGGGAGGGCUUCGUAGGCCAGAGGAUUAGUCGAGUGUCAUGGUUGAAGGGCUUCGGGCUAUUGAUUUAGGGUCCCUGUCUAUGUUGACCUCCAAACCUGUGAAGUUCCAUAAUAGCAAGAGGAGGGAUAACAAAUUUUUUGAAUAUGGACGAUAACUUAAUCGCCGAGGCAAUGUCGGCGUUUUGAGCCCCGCCUCUCUUCUGGUGCGGUGACAGGCUUGGUCCAGUCCCAAAAGUAGCUGAUUGGAUUGGAUUGGAUCCAUCUUCGGGAUGGGUGGAUAGAGAAGAGGUGGACAAAGAUUUCUGGGGUGGGGAAGACAGGUUUUUCUUACUCUUUGGGUGAUUUCUCCCCUAUCACCCGUUUGGACUGGGCUUUGAUGGGGCAUCUGUGUGAGGGGAUCGAUGUCACCUUAGAGGUUACCCCUCGAAAGGUAAAAGGUAGAAGGGAGCUUCUAAACUUAGAAUGCUCCAUCAACUAUGAUGCUAGGGGAUCAUCCUCUUGGCGGGGGAAAG